AUGGUGGGCGUGGGCACGAUUGCCCGGACCUUUGCAGAUGUGUGCAUCAAGCGGCCGCGGUCGUUCUACACCUACGAGAAGAUCACCAUCGAGUGGGGCGACGUGGAGAACUAUGAGGCAGUUCGGAAGAUCGGGCGCGGCAAGUACUCAGAGGUCUUUCUCGGCCGCAACGUGGUCAACGGGCGCAAGGUCGUGAUUAAGGUCCUCAAGCCGGUCAAGACUAAGAAAAUCAAGCGCGAGAUCUCCAUUCUCCAGUCGCUUCACGGUGGCGUCAACAUCAUCAAGCUCUACGACGUCGUCCGCGAUCCGACAACCGGCACGCCCGCCCUCAUUUUCGAGGCGGUCGACAACACCGACUUUAAGGUUCUCUACCCGCAGCUCACCGAUCUUGACGCUCGCUACUACCUGUACCAGCUCCUGCGCGCCCUUCACUUUGCCCACUCGGAGGGCAUCAUCCACCGCGACGUCAAGCCGCAGAAUAUCAUGAUCGACCAUGCCCAGCGCAAGCUGCGCCUCAUCGACUGGGGCCUGGCCGAGUACUACCUUCCGGGCUUUUGCUUCAACGUCCGCGUUGCCUCGCGCUUCUUCAAGUCGAUCGAGCUCCUGGUCGGCCACCAGGACUACGGUGCGCCCAUCGACCUCUGGGCCGUCGGCUGCGUCAUGGGCGGCCUCAUCUUUCUCCGCGAGCCACUCUUCCGAGGCGCGGACAAUCAGGACCAACUGCUCAAAAUCGUUCAGGUCCUAGGCACAGACGGCCUCUACGAGUAUGUCGACAAGUACGGCCUCGAGCUCGAUGCGUGGUACGUCAACAAGCUCCGCCCCACUCCCAAGCGCCCCUGGUCCAAGUUUGUCAACUCGGACAACCGCCACUUUUACUCCGACGAGGCCAUUGAUCUCCUCGACUCGCUCCUCUACUAUGAUCCGGUCAUGCGGCCCACAGCCGCCGAGGCCAUGGCCCACCCGUACUUUGAUCCCGUUCGCGACGCUAUCGAGGCCGAAGCCGCUGCCGAAACCGCCGCAGUUUCGGAGCCGGCCUCCUCCUCGUCCUCUUCUGCUCCGCCGCCGUCUGCCGCCGCAGUCUCGGCAUCCUCUCCCCCGCCUGCGUACGGGUGGCGUGCCGACCCGGCCAAGCACCAGCACGAGCUGCAUACCCCCCGUGCUGUCGUCCGCCCGCGGCCCAACCCGCGUCUCGUCCGCCUCUCCCGUCCGCGGCCCGAGCCGUACGCCCACGCCCGCACCCAUGCUCAGCCGCCGGAAGGGCAGCCAUUGCGGACUCCGACCCCGCAUCCAGCCUCGGAGUGGGCUGCUUCCCUCGCCGAGUACACCAGCGCCAAACGCGCCCCGCCACCGCCGCCUGCCCCACACUUUGCGCCCUACGCUGUUGCCCAGCCAACGUCCGACCCUGUCCCGCGUCGCCUGCCACGCUCGCGCAACAUCAACGCUCAUGCCCACGCCGAUUCAUCCUUCAACACCAUCACUGGUCACUACGCCACCCCCGCCCAGGAGGCCCGUCUCCGCGCUGAGCAGGACCGGUCUCGCGCUGCUCUCCAGGCUGCCCGCGCCAAGUCGCAGCGCUCCUCCGCCACAGCCUCUGGCUACGAUCUCCUCUCCAACAAGCCGCUGCAGGACCCGCUUCUUCGCAGGCUGGGCCACUCGCCAUCGCUCGAAGCCCGCGCUCAUGUCUCAGCCCUCCGCGAUCCGCCCGCAGCUCGCACUCUCCAUGGCGCCGGCCGCAAGGCUCGUGCCCCGUCCUCGGCCGCCCAAUCGCGCUACGCCUUUGACGUCCUCACCGGACGUCCGCUUCGCGCCCCGCCCGGCCCCAUCACCACCUCUAGCGACCAAGACUACCGUCCGCAGCUCAAGCCGGUCCCGGCGCCGCCGCGCAGGCCGGAUCGCUCUCGAAUCCACGGCGUCGCCCGUAUGGCCCGCGGCGCGUGUGCCCCUCCGCCUGCCCAGUACAACAUCUUUUCGGGCGCCGACUUUGACCCACCCUCGCGCUUCCCAGCAAGUGGAAAGCUUUCGGUAAAGGCCAAGCUGGCGCUGGGCGUUGUAGCGGCCCAGCACGACGAGGGCAUGCAGCGCUCGCUCUACUUUUGGCGCAACGCGUUUCCGAUUUAUCUCCACUACCGCUUCACCAUGUGGCGAGUCGCAGACGAUCCCGAAAACGUGCAGGAUGCCGCCUUUGAGGAGCUCCACGAGCGGUAUGCCGAGCGGGCUCGCGACAUUAUCCUCGCUCUCCGUGGCUUCUACAUCAAGAUCGGCCAGGUCGGCGCCACACGCGCCGACAUGGUCCCGCCGCAGUACAUGAACGCGCUCUCCAUUCUCCAGGAUGACGUCCCGCCACUUUCGUUCGACACCAUCCGCGACAUUGUCGAGCGCGAGCUCGGCGCGCCGCUCGACACUGUCUUUGCCGACUUUGAGCCGCGCCCGCUCGGCGCCGCCUCCAUCGGCCAGGUCCACAAGGCCGUGCUCCGUGACUCGGGCAAGCCUGUCGUUGUCAAAGUCCAGUAUCCCAAGGUCGAAGGCCUGUUCCGCUCGGACGUGGCCACCAUCCGUGCCUUUUGCGAGCUCGCACAGCCGGCGCACGUCCCAAUGCUCGACGAAAUCGAGAAGCAGUUCCUCACCGAGUUUGACUACGUCGGCGAGGCCGAGCACCUCGUCGAGAUUGCCGACAAUCUCGCCGCCUCGCCGUACGCCCGGAAAGUGAUCGUCCCACGACCGGUGCUCAACCUCUGCACCCGCGCCGUGCUCGUCAUGGACUACAUCGAGGGCCCGAAGCUUCAUGUCGGCCUGCAGGCCUACUUUGAAAAGGUGGCUGCCGCCAAGGGUAUGACCGUCGAGCAGCUCCGCUCCCAGCAAGUCCGCAAGUCCGAGGCUGCUGAAGCCAAGGCUUCGACCGCACGCCACAUUGCUGUCCAGGCCGGUAUCUACGCACAGAGCCUCGCGUCGAACGUCGCCCGCGGCACCUACAACUGGACCCUCGGUUGGAUCUUUGGCGCAGUCGACUAUGUCGAGCCGCUCGAGCUCCUCGACGUCGACGCAAUCAUGGAGACCCUCGUCCAUGUCCACGGUCACGAGGUGCUCGUCGACGGGGCCUUUAAUGGCGAUCCGCACCCGGGCAACAUCCUCCUCACUCCGGACGGCCGGCUCGGCCUUGUCGACUUUGGCCAGGUCAAGCACAUUUCACAUCACGAGCGGCUGCUGCUCGCCCAGCUGGUCGUCGCCCUCGCCGACGAGGACGACGCCGCCAUUGUCCAGAUCAUGCGCGAGAUGGGCUUCCGCACAAAGUACUCGGACGAAGAUGUCCUCCGCGCCAUCGGCACUGUCUUCUUUGACCGCGACACGCCCGAUGUCACCGGCGGUCUCAACAUCCAGCUCUUCUUUGAGGAGCUCGACCGCCGCGAUCCGGUCACCGUCAUGCCCAACCAGUACAUCAUGGCCGGCCGUCUUUGCAUGCUCCUCCGCGGCCUCGGCUACAUGCUCAACAUGCCGCUCUCCAUGGCCAAGUCCUGGAGAGCCAUCGCUGUCGACGUUCUCCACGAGAACGGCAUCAUCGUCAACCCAAAGUACCGCGCCCUUGCCGCCCGCAGCGCUGACGCCACUGCCUCGGCCAACCCUCCCUCGCUUGUUGCUGCCGCCACGUCGUCCGAGGCCGCGUAA